GAGGCCAAAGGGAGGCCUUUUUGUGGCACCGCUCCCUUCCCUAGCUGUGAGACUCGAGCUACUUCGCUAUGAGACUUCUAGCUCUGUCCGGUCUGCUCUGCGUGCUGCUGCUGCUCGGCUUCUGUGUUCUCUCUUCAGAAGGGAGAAGGCAUCUGGCCAAGCCUCCGAAACUCAGGCUCUGCUGUCACCCUGCUCCUAGAUCCAAACUGACAGCCCAGAAAGGUAACCACACAAGGCCCUGCAGACCAUGCAGAAGCAAGACACAGUCCAAGUCAUGGGUGGUACCAGGGGCUCUCCCACAGAUAUAGGGCUCCCAAAGCCUGGCUCCACCCAGAUGAGACCUUGAUGCCCAGCUGUGGAGACAUCAGAAUCCUUGACUUACCCCCCACCAACCGUCAUAGCAGCAGUGAGCUGUGA